AUGACUCGUCAACGUUGUUGUUCGACGUUGGGCUUUUUGGCGUUGGCCCUAAUGCAAAUAUUUGCAUGCUGUCGGGCUGGAGUAGGAGGCAAAUAUACCGUUAUCGCUCCCGGUACCAUACACUCCAAUGACAAAUACACGGCAGCUGUGGCCGUACAUCACGUGGACUCUGCAUGCCAAAUAAAGGUGGGCAUUACAGGCCGCUCCUUUAAAGAAAGUAAAAUUGUUGAGGUCACAGGUUCGGAAAUAAAAGAAGUCGAGUUCGCAGUACCCACCUUGGCUGAGGGUACAUACAAACUAACAGCUGAGGGUAUUAAUUGUCUGGAGAAUUUUAAAAAUUCCACUGCAUUGAUGUUUGCCAAAUUUAAAACCUACGUUCAGAUACAAACCGACAAGGGUCAGUAUAAACCUGGAGACAUCAUCAAUUAUCGGGUAUUGUUUUUGGAUAAGGAUUUGAAACCAGCUGUGCCGAAAAAGAACACCCUCAUCUGGUUAGCAGAUGGUAAUCUAAAUCGCAUUGAGGAAGUGAAGAAUUUCAAAGUGGUCAAGGGGGUCUAUACGGGACAAUUUAAAAUUUCCGAAUUUCCGGUGAUGGGUAUUUGGCAAGUGGUCGUGUCCAGCUGGGGCCAAGAGGAUUAUGCCGUGUUCUUUGAGGUCAAUAAAUAUAUCCUGCCGAAAUAUGAGGUCAAGAUUGAGGCUCCGUGGUCGGUGUCCGUUAGGGAUGGUGAUAUGCUGGUUAUUGUUCGGGCCAGCUACACAUAUGGCAAGCCCGUGAACGGUAAAGCCACCGUUAUCCUCAGCCUGCAUGACUAUCCCGUCUACGCAAAUGAAAAUUCUGAAAAUGAACAAGAACAACCACCCAGCAUUAUCCACACCGGAGCUAUGAUCCAAGGCAAGGCCAAGAUUGAUCUGAAUGUCAAGGAGCUGGAGGCCUAUUUGCAUAGCAAAGAAUAUUCCACCUAUGCCAGUAUUGUGGCCACCGUGGAAGAGGAAUUUACAGGGGUGAAAAUCAACACCACCACCCGUACCCAGAUCUACCCCUACCGCUAUGCCAUGCAUUGUCGUGUCGAUGAAAAUGAAUGCAUAUUCUUUGAGCCGGAUAAGGAAAUGGAGGUAAUGAUUCAGUUGACCUAUGUGGAUGGUUCGCAUUUGAAGGACACAAAGACCCCAGUGGAAUUGAUAUACACUGAGGUUUUACAAAAUAAUUAUUGGCAGCCCGGGUACAUGGAGGAUGAGGAGGUGACAACGACCCUAAUGCCACCGAUUUCGGAAAAUCUCACUUACAGCUUCAAAGGUUUUAUGAAUGAAAUGGGUUUUGCAACCUUCAAGGUGAAGCUAAGCGAUCUGAAGGAAUAUGAGAACUGCUUCCAUUUCUAUGUCAUUGAGGCCAAAUAUCGGGAUGAAAAACGUAAAGUCGGUGGUGCCUAUUCGGUAUCGACAGGCAAGGAACCCAAAAUAGUGGAUACUCCAGCAGAGGAGUUGCCCAAGGAAUGGUUUAAAAUUGAGGGUAAAUCUGACAAUAACAUGCCCAAAUUAUUCCAGGCCGAACAUUUCACAGUAAACUCCAGCAAACCCCUGGCCUAUUUGGAUUUUAAUGUUAUUGCCCGGGGUAAUAUUGUGAAGACGGUACAUAUUGAUUUACCUCAGAAGCCCAUGGUGCACAAUAUCACCAUCACUCCGGAAUUGGUGUAUUCUCCCGAGUUCUCGAUUUAUAUUUAUUAUAUUGAUGAGCAGGGUGAAUAUCACUAUGCGGAGGGUACCUACUACAUUGAUUAUGAAUUGGAAAAUAAGAUCACCGUCACUGCUGCUGACCAGGUCAAACCAGGCCAGGAAGUCGCCUUGAAAAUUAAAACUGCCCCCAACUCGUUUGUGGGCCUCAGGGCGGUGGAUCAAAGUGUCCUGCUAUUGGGAUCGAACAAUGACAUUCGUGCCAAUGAAUUGCGCGAUAUUGUGGCUUCAUAUGUCACACAAACCCCUAAUGAGGUUGCCUCUUCUUAUUAUCCUGGUUCCAAAUCCGGUUGUAUUACCCUGACAAAUGGUGAUUAUAUCUAUGAUCGGACCGCUGAAACGGAUUCUACACCAUCGGAUGAUUUGUCAAAUAGCCCCCUAAAUUCACCACUAAAUUAUACACCAAAUGGCCAGCAAAGUUCAGACGAUGGCCCUAGCGCCAAACCUUCGAAUGAACCUGAACCCAUACAGGUUCGCAAAGAUUUUGCUGAGACCUGGAUAUUUGAUAAUAUUGAAAACACUGACAAGGAAGAAUUUACCUGGUCCAAGAAAAUACCCGAUACCAUUACCUCAUGGGUGUUGACCGGCUUUGCUAUGAACAGUGAAAAAGGUUUGGCAGUGACUGGCGAAGAAACAAAGAUUACCACCUUCAAACCAUUUUUCAUUUCCAUACGGCUGCCAUAUUCCGUUAAGAGAGGUGAGGUCAUCAAUAUCCCCGCCCUGGUCUUCAAUUAUUUGGACAAAACCCUCGAUGUUGAGGUCACCUUGGAUAAUAGCGGCAAUGAAUUUGAAUUUACUGAAAUCACCAACGAAGUAAUUGGCGAUCAAUCACGUACGAAGAUGGUUCGAGUACCUGCUAUGGGUGCCGCCGGAGUUGCCUUUAUGAUCCGCCCAAAAGUUUUGGGUAAUGUCAUGUUGAAGUACACCGCCAUUUCUCCUGUGGCCGGUGAUGCCAUCCACAAAUCGAUGAAGGUUGUACCCGAAGGCGUUACCAAAUAUGGUAAUCGGGCCUUCUUCGUCAAUCUCAACAAGGGAGCGGAAAUGAAAUCGUCCUUUGAAUUGGAAAUACCUGCGGAGAUUAUACCCGAUUCGCUACAUGUUGAGGUCGGGGUUGUGGGUGAUAUUUUGGGUCCUGUCGCCCAUAAUCUCGAUAAUUUGGUACGCCUACAAAAGAGUAACGGGGAACAGACUAUGUCCACCUUGCUGUCUAGUUAUUUGAUUUUGAAAUAUUUAUAUGACACCAAACGCCUGACCAGCUAUAUACAAAUGAAGUUACGUUUCUUCAUGAAUACUGGCUACCAAAAGAUGCUCAACUAUCUUCAUACUGAUGGCUCCUUUAGCUCGUUUGGACCUGAUAAACGAGAUUAUGGUUCUACCUUGCUGACAGCCUAUGUGGCCAGAUCCCUAAUCCUAUUGCAGGAGUACAAAAAAGUUGAUCUAAAAAUCAUUGAAGACUCCUUGGAAUACUUGGUCGACCAACAAGCCAAAAAUGGUUCAUUUACCGAAAAAAAUGAUGACUUCUUCAAUGCGGAUCAAGCCAAUCUUGUGUACCUCACAUGUUCGGUUCUCUUGACCUUACUGGAAAAUAAGUCCUAUGCUGAGAAAUAUUCGCAAGAAAUCACAAAGGGUUUGGAGUUCAUUAAUGAGAAUUCGGAAAAAUCUGAAUCCCUUCAUGCCCUGGCAAUUGCCACCUAUACCCUGGAUAGGGCCCACCACGCCAAGGCCCCUGAGAAGUUGACAAAAUUGAAUUCAUUGGUCAAAACUGAUGGUGAUCGUAAAGUGUGGUCCACUUGGGAUGGGCCACUAAAUCCUUUUGUCAAUAGCAUUGAUGUGGAAAUUAGCUCUUAUGCCCUGCUAACCCUGCUCAAUCAACCCUCACCAAAUAUGGAUGAAAUUUUGCCCAUAAUUAGAUGGAUCAUUUCCCAGCGUAAUAGCAAUGGUGGUUUUGACUCCACCCAGAACACUGUGGUGGGUCUACAGGCUCUCAUAAAAUUCGCCAAAUUAGCUGACUAUGACCCGGCAAAAAUGGUCGUGGACAUAGCCUCCAAGGGUGCCGACAAAGAUAAACAGGAAACCCUCAAGCUCACCAAGGAAAAUGCUAUUAUCUAUCAAAAUGUGGAGUUGCCUGAUAAAACCAAAUCCGCGGAGUUCUCAGCCAAGGGUAGUGGCGCGGCCAUGGUCCAAAUUGCCUAUCAAUAUAAUACCCUGGAAAAGGAACAGACCAGUUUUGAGAUUACCACCGAGAAACAAAACGCCUGCCAAAAAACCGCUCUCCUAAUGAAUGUCUGUGUGGAAUAUAAGGGCGAGGGUGAAGCUUCGAAUAUGGCGGUGUUGGAAAUUAAUACCCCCUCGGGAUAUGUGGUGGAAGAUGACAGUCUGCCCGCCAUCAAGAAGGCGAAGAGAGUUGGUAACGUCGAAUUGGAAAAUUCCAACUCGCUGCUGGUGAUCUACUUCGAUCAUUUGUAUAAGAAUCAAAAGACUUGCAUUCUCUACGAGGGCAUUCGUGUCCAUGCUGUUGCCAUGCAAAAACCUGCUGCCAUCCAAGUCUACGAUUUUUACGAUUCGAAUAAGAAGGCAACCGAGUUUUAUGAAGUUGAAUCGAAACUCUGUGAUAUUUGUGAUGGCGAAGAGGAGUGCAGUAAAUGCAAAUAA